AGUGUCUGUGUCGUCUGUCUGUGUGAGAGUGAACAACCGUCCAAAUGGCUCAACAGGGAGAUCUGCUGGACCAGGACCAGUUCUGUUGUUCUGUCUGUCUGGAUCUACUGAAGGAGCCGGUCACUAUUCCCUGUGGACACAGUUACUGUAGGAGCUGUAUUGAGGGCUGCUGGGAUCAGGAUGUUCUGAAAGGGGUCUAUAGCUGUCCUCAGUGCAGAGAGACCUUCACUCCAAGGCCUAAUCUGAGGAAAAAUAACAUGUUGGCUGAGCUGGUGGAGAAACUGAAGAAGACAGGACUCCAGGCUGCUCCCCCUCCUGCUCUGUGCUAUGCUGGACCUGGAGAUGUGGUGUGUGAUUUCUGCACUGGGACCAGAAAGCAGAAAGCCCUCAUGUCCUGUCUGGCGUGUCUGGCCUCUUACUGUGAGACUCACCUCCAACCUCACUAUGAAUUUCAUCCUUUGAAGAAGCACAAGCUGGUCAAAGCCACCGCACAACUACAGGAGAAGAUCUGCUCUCAUCAUGACAAACUGCUGGAGGUUUACUGUCGUACCGAUCAGCAGUGUAUCUGUCUGAUGUGUACAAUGGAUGAACAUAAAGGCCAUGAUACAGUGUCAGCUGCAGCAGAGAGGACUGAGAAACAGAGGCAGCUGGGGAUGAGUCAGCAGAAGGUCCAGCAGAGAUUCCAGGAGAGAGAGAAGGAGCUGAAGGAGCUCCAACAGGCUGUGGAGUCUUUCAAGGACCCGGGGGAGGCUGCUGCUGCAGAGGCUGCUGCACCGCUAGUGACGUCAGUCCUACUUGGAGCUCAUUGUGGUCAACGUCAGCUGUGGCUCGAGACUGCUAGCUAACGGUUAACGGAGAGGAAAAGACUCUGACAGGACACAUUCAUGUAGAUAGGCUAUGAUGGCAAUUUGUGGUAAGUUACAAUAGAGAGAGAGACUUUUCACUACUAUAGACUUUGGUCAUAAUCAAAGCUUUGUUAACCAAUACGUUUUUAUGUGAGGCUGCCGGUAAGUUACAGUGUAACAGACGUUGUUAGCUAGCUAACGGUGACGUUAACG